CGGAGCGGGGGCUGCUUGGCUACUGCGCCCCUCCCCCCGCCGGACCUCCGCCCGCAGCGCCGCUCCGCGCAGAAGACGGGCGGGGGUCCCGGGGGGGGGGUCGAGAUUGUGACGGGCUUGAAACGGGCCCCGCCCCGCAGACCCCCGCUGGGGCCCCCUGGGGCAGACCCCCCCACUCAGCGGGGGCCCCUCCAGCCGCGCAAGGGCUGACGGGAACAGAGGCGCGCUCGAACAGCCAGGCGAGGGAGCCUCCCGCUGCCCGUCCUCGGUUUCCCGGCGGGCCCCGCGCGGCCACAGCGCCCACGAGCCAAUCGCGGCUUCCGGCGCGGGGCCUUCUGGGGGCGGUAGUCCAUUUCCCCCCGCUGGAGCGCGGAGGAAGGCGGUCGGCGGGUGCCGGGCCGCUUUCUGCUUCCAGGGCUUUUCCGCCGCCCGGAGCCGACCGCAGGGAGGCGGCAGGGGCGCUCGGUCGUCUUCCGGCAGGUACCCUUGCCAUGGGGGGAGCCGCGGCCUAGCGCCCCGCACGAAGCCUGGGACUCGCGUAGCCGCCGCCGCCGCCAUGUCCUUAGUGGCCUACGCCAGCAGCGAGGAGGAGCGGGAGGAAGAGGAGGAGGAAAAGGAGGAGAGCGAAGGGGCGGCCACGGGCCCGCGGGGGCUCCUCUCCGUCCUGCCGGCGGCCCGGCCCGGCCCGGCUCCGAAGCGGCAGCCGGUGCGAAUCCCGGCGCCUCGUCUGCCCGAGGAGUCCGACUCGGAGGAGGAGGAGGAACCGGCGCCCAAGAAGCCCGCGCGGCCCGGGGGUCUCUCCGCGCUCCUCCCGCAGCCCCGCCGCGGAGCCCCGCCGCCCCGCAGGACCGACCCGGCCGCGCCGCCCUCCCCCUCGGCCAUCAAGGCGGCGGCCAAGAGCGCGGCCCGGCAGGUGGCCCGGCAGGUGGCCCAGGAGGGCGAGGCGGAGCCCCCGCAGCCCUUCUUCCCGCUGCCGCCGCCGCCGCCCCUGCCGCCCCCCGGCCCGGCCGCCGCCGCCGCCUUCCCCGACGACCUCCCGCCCGGCACCGAGCCCGACGGCCAGGACGGCGCCGACGCCCCGCUGGAGUUCAAGACGCCGCCCGGCGCCCGCCCCGCCCCGCCCGGCUGGCCCCCCGCGCCCGGCCCGGACUACGGCGCGCCCUACGCGGGCUACUACGGCGCGGGCUACUACCCGGAGAACGACCCGGGCUUGGGGCAGCCCCCCGAGGGCAGCGCGGACGUCGCCCCCGCCUCCUUCAUGGACGACGAAGCGUUCAAGCGUCUGCAAGGCAAGCGCAACCGCGGCCGAGAGGAGAUCAGCUUCCUGGAGAUCCGGGGCGACGACCAGCUGAGCGGAGUCCAGCAGUGGCUCACCAAGUCCCUGACGGAGGAGCAGAGCAUGAAGUCCUUCAGCAAGAAAAAGGGGGAACAGCCCACCGGGCAGCAGCGGAGGAAGCACCAGAUCACCUACCUGAUCCACCAGGCAAAAGAGCGUGAGCUGGAGCUGAAGAACAGCUGGGCAGAGAACAAGCUCAGCCGGCGUCAGACCCAGGCCAAGUACGGCUUUUAGCCCCUUCCCAGCCGAGGGGGGCCAACUCGGGACCCUGUUCUGCCGGGCAGCGAGGCCCGCUGGCCUGCCAGGGAAGCCGCCGCAGGAGGCCGUG